GACACGACAGAACUGUUAUUAUAUGCGGAGCAAAGCGUAACAAAACAGUUUCACUGAACCACUAUCUACCUCAAUCACAUAUUCCCAAGCAUGUCUCUGCCUCUUCGUGCCGCUCGACCUCUUCUUCGAGCUUCGACUCUCACAGCAGCGCGUCGUAUUUCCGUCGCUUCUGCCAUUCGACCGCUUUCCCGUGCGGACUGUGGAGAAUGUGGAUGUGUUAGUAGCCGAGCUUUCAGCACCACUCCCCUUCGACGUGGUAGCGGCGAAACCGACGGUACUCUGAUUUCUGCCCUUGCUGCUGAGCACAAAUAUGAGUUGGAAUCGGCUGCCGCCCAACCUGAAGUCCCUGCUUUCAUUGAAAGCUUCAAGGCUCAAGGCGUCUGGAAUAUUGAAGACACUGCGGGCUCUGAUGACAUUGUCUUGACUCGAAAGUUCGGUAAUGAAACUAUUAAGCUCACUUUUCAGGUAUCUGACCUCGAUGCUACUGCAUUUGACCCAGAGUACCCCGCUGCCGAAGAAGACUCUGAAGGCCCUGCGUCUGGCCCUGCAUCUAUCACUUGUUCUUUGGUUAUCACCAAGUCUGCUGCUCCGGGGGCCUUGAUGGUCGACCUCGAAACUUGUGACGAGGGUUUUGAAAUCACAAAUGUCGCCGUUUAUGACAAGGCCUUGGCGGAUGCGAAGGGCGCCGAAGGUGACUGGGAAAGAAGAUCCAGGUAUAUGGGUCCUCAAUUCGACCACCUCGACGAGACUGUUCAAGAGGCAUUCGGCUCUUAUCUCGCUGAGCGCGGCGUGGACGAGUCCCUUGCCGAUUUUGUCCUCUCUUACUGCGAGCACAAAGAGCAAAAGGACUACGUCUCAUGGAUCGACCAGGUUCGAGGUUUUGUUGAACAGUAAUUAGCGGUUAAGAACGGAUGAAUGGAUCGGGUAGCAGUAAUCUUCGGAUGACUACACGGAAUUACAUGCACUGCUCUGCAAUAUGAAUUAUAUGGUAAAGUCUUCUCCAAUGA